AUGAAGGCGCUCACGUCCUCCCUUGUAUUUGUUAUGGCCUUCUGUUCGACCGUCGCGGCCUCCCAAGCUCCGUUCGGUGUGGGGGCAACCACAAUUGUACCAAAGGUAUUCAUCAUUGACGCAUUUACGCCGGAAGAGGCUGUCUGGCACGGUAUCCCGGAGUUCAACUUGCUCGAGCAGAAUAUCACCGUCCCCGGCUUCUCUCCACUCUUUCCACAAGCCCACUGCACUAGCGACGGAUCUGUCUGCCAGGCCGUCACCGGCGAGUCCGAGAUCAACGCCGCGUCUACAAUCACUGCCCUCGUCCUCUCACCCGCCUUCGAUCUCAAGCGCACGUACUUCCUCAUCGCCGGUAUAGCAGGCAUCAACCCGAAGCAGGGCACCCUCGGCAGCGUCGGCUUUGCGCGCUAUGCCGUCCAAGUUGCGCUGCAGCGCGAGAUCGACGCGCGCGAGAUGCCGGCCAACUUCUCCUCUGGCUACUUCGCACAAGGCACCACCUUCCCCGGUAUAUACCCUCAGGACAUCUAUGGCACAGAGGUCUUCGAGCUCAACGACGACCUCCGUCAGCUCGCGAUUGCGCUCGCGAGAAAGGGUACCCUCGCGGACGACAAGCGGGCGCAGCAGUACCGCGUGAACUUCGCCAAAGACUCUGAGUACGCCGCUGGCGCCGCGCCCCCGUCCGUCAUCGCCUGUGACACCGCCACUUCCGACGUGUAUUGGUCGGGCAAGAUGCUGGGGGAGGCGUUCGAGAGCGCGACGACGAUGCUCACGAACGGCACGGGGGCGUACUGCACGUCGCAGCAGGAGGACAACGCGAUCUUGGAGGCACUCGUGCGCGGCGCUCGCGCGGCGCUCGUCGACUUUGCCCGCGUCAUCAGCAUGCGGACCGGAUCCAACUUCGACAGACAGUACCCGGGACAGACCGCAGGGGAGGCUCUGCACUCGAACUCGCCCGGGUUCGAGAUUUCGCUGAAGAACAUCGCCGCAGCGGGCGUACCGAUCGUGACGGGGAUCGUGUCGGAGUGGCAUACACGAUUCGAGGCAGGGAUCAAGGCCAGUAACUACAUCGGGGACAUCCUUGGGUCGCUGGGUGGGAAACCGGACUUUGGCCCGGGCAGCAUUUUCACUGACGCGGACUGA